GGGGUACGCCGCGGCGGCUUUGCCCUUGUUCCCAGAGGCUGCGACGGCAGUGGCACUGGCAGCGGCGUUCAGGCCAUAGAGGACGCAAUGGGCAUAUGAGCUCCCAUCCCCUCCUGCAGCACCCCAUGGACUGCCAGGGACCCGGGAGCCGCUUCGCUCCCUCCCGGGGCUUUGUGGCUAGCCUCUGGCAACAUCCGCCGGCUGCUGCAGCUGGAGCCUGAGUCUCCCUUUGCAACCCUACCCCCACCUCCCUUCUUCCCUUCUGUCCUUCUCUCUCCACCCCUUUGCCCAGCAAGUAGGAGCCUGAGCCCCUCCUGCGCGUCCACCACCCUGCCCUGCACCCGAAGCAUCCUUCCCUCCCUUUCCUCUCCCUUCCACUCUCUCGGUGACCGCGGGCAUCGCCUCCCGCCGCCUCCCAUGCUGCAUCCAGCCCCGGGCGGCGCCCCAGUGGCCGCAGCUCGGAGCUUGGUGACCUCAGCCGGGCUCUCAGUCUGGCCCCCUUCACCCUGCUUGAGCCCUGCUAGUUGAGUUGGGGCAAGGGACUUGUAUAGGAGAAUCUUUGGUAUGGCAUCGGUGGGGGAGCCCGGCACUGUGAAGUCACCAACCUCCCGCUAGCAGAGGAAGGGUGGAAACAAGAAGGGUCUUCUUUAUAUUGCCUUAUCUCCUUCUCUGCCCUAUCACCCUCCCCCGUUACUUCCCUCUUUCCUCUUAAAAAAAAAAAAAAUUGUAAUUCCCACCGCUGUGGGUUCUGUUGCUGUCUUGGGAGGGGUGAAGAGGCAGCGAGCGGUGGUACCGGAGACAAAGACCACUUUGUAAAGGUAGUUGGACCGGGUGGGAUGUGUGUUUGCCCGUCCCUUGCCCCUUGUGGUGCCCACGUCUCUGUAAGGUACAGCCGUGUAUCCACUCUUUGCUAUCCAUCCCCACAGGGAAAUAGCCAGUCCCCCCUACCCUCCCUUCCUUUCUCGGCCCUUCCUCUCCCCCACCCCCCUCCGCUCAGUCCCGUCUCUUUCGGAAAAAAGCUGCCAGCAGAUAGUCUGUUCCCGAAGCCGACUGGUCCGUGAGAGCCUUGGUCCCUCGGGCUAACGUCGUCUUGUGUGCCUUGUGGAGGAAUUUAUUCUUCCUGAAGCUGGAACUGAGGGGCACUAAGUCGGUGUGCACGGACGUGCCUUGCCCUCUCCUUUUGAAGCUGAUCUGAGCUGUCAGGCUUCUGGCCCGUUAGACUUUUCUUUAACCCCGGGCUUCUGUCAUUGUUCUUCCAGAGAGCUUUGGGCUGUACGGACUGUCUGUGUUUGUGUGCAGGCCUCUCAGGCUAUGUUGUUUUCUUUUUAACAAAUCCAAGUAUUACUGCAAGGUUGAUCCUAGACAACCAAGAACCUUUCUGCCCUGGGGAGUACCCUGAUAUUGCACUGAUUCUAUCUUUUUUAAAAAUUAUUGUUUUAUUAUAAAUGAACCACACCCUGAUUUCUUAAAGGGGCCCUACACUCUGGUGGGUCAUGUGUUGUCUCUCUGGCAGCGAGUGAGUCAAUUCAUUCGGUAGUUUCCUGUGAACUACCUAAUUUUCCUUUUCUGGAAACAUUAUUUUUUCUGAAGAGUUUGGGAUGCCUGGGGGAAAAAAAGUGGGCCCUAGUGGCAGUGGUGCCAUUGCUGCUUCUGGGGUCAGGAGAUCUGAAACCAGUGAAGGGGCCUCAGCACAGAGGGAAGAAGAGCAAGAGGAAGAAGGGGAUGAAGACCUCCGAGAUGGAGGUGUCCCCUUCUUUGUUAACCGGGGUGGGCUGCCUGUGGAUGAGGCCACCUGGGAGAGGAUGUGGAGACACGUGGCCAAAAUUCAUCCUGAUGGAGAGAAGGUGGCACAGAGGAUCCGUGGGGCCACAGACCUGCCCAAGACUCCCAUACCAAGUGUGCCUACAUUCCAGCCGUCCACAUCUAUCCCUGAGCGCCUGGAAGCCAUACAGCGUUAUAUCAGGGAGCUGCAGUACAAUCACACAGGAACACAGUUCUUUGAAAUUAAGAAGAGCAGACCUCUGACUGGGCUGAUGGACCUGGCUAAGGAGAUGACCAAAGAGGCUCUGCCAAUCAAAUGCCUAGAAGCUGUGAUCCUGGGAAUUUACCUCACCAACAGCAUGCCCACACUGGAGCGCUUCCCCAUCAGCUUCAAAACCCACUUCUCAGGGAAUUACUUCCGACACAUUGUGCUGGGGGUGAACUUUGGGGGUCGUUAUGGAGCGCUAGGCAUGAGCCGCCGUGAGGACCUCAUGUACAAGCCUCCCACUUUCCGCACGCUCAGUGAGCUGGUCCUGGAUUAUGAGGCUGCCUACCAGCGCUGCUGGCAUGUCCUGAAGAAGGUGAAGCUUGGCCAGUGUGUUUCUCAUGACCCCCAUAGCGUGGAGCAGAUUGAGUGGAAACACUCUAUCUUGGACGUGGAGAAGCUGGGGCGAGAGGAUUUCCGGAAGGAGCUAGAGAGGCACGCCCGGGACAUGAGGCUGAAGAUAGGCAAAGGGACCGGCCCACCCUCUCCUACCAAGGAUCGGAAAAAGGAUGUAUCUUCGCCACAGCGGAGCCAGUCCAGUCCACACCGCCGCAACAGCCGAGGAGAGAGACGACCAUCUGGUGAAAAGAAGCCUGCUGAACCCAAAGCCAUGCCAGACCUCAAUGGGUACCAAAUCCGGGUGUGAGGUGAGUGGUGAUGAUACCACUUGCUCCACAGACUUACCACUACCCCCUGGGCCACAGGACCAAGAGCCACCCACCGUGAGCCUUGAUUGAGGGGAGGUGUGGGUUGAGGGGACAGUAGGAGGAGCCCAGAGCUCCUCUUCAUCUGACAACACAGCUUCCCUCAGGCAGAACAUGGGUCUCACCCAGCAUUUGUGGAAGAGGCAUACUGACCCUAAAGGGAAGAAGAAGAGGGGUCAAUAUGAUCCCAGAGAUUUGUUUAAUACAUCCCAUUAAGCAACGUGUUGAACAGGUCACACCUGUCUCAGGGCAAGUGGUGUCCCAGAGAUAAGUGGCUGUGACCACAUAGCCCCCACGGGAAGCACUGUCAGGACUAGACAAUGCCCACAAGCCCAGCAUAAAGACUGGAGCUGCUCCUUAGGUGAUGUACCAGAGAACCAUGAUGCCACCAGAGAGAAGGAGAAGGCGUCCCCCAUACAUAGCACUGGCAGCUGUUGCCUCCCAGGCUUUGAGAAGCACCAGCUGCAGGGCUCAGCCUCAAGCCCGUCCUGUGGGUCUCUCUGCAGCAGGGUAUGGACUUCUCCGGAGCCCCAGGGACCUGGUUUUGGAGUCAUGCUGGGUUGGACAUAGGUGAACAUACAGAGUAGCACAGACAAAGAAAAAAGUAGGCAUGGGAGGCAAGCCCCAUAACUCAUGACAGAUGGGACACCAUGGAAAGCGAAGAAUCUUGUGUCAGCUCUGGUUCUCCUCCCUUUCCUUAGGCAGGAGCCAAAUUCUCCUCCUCUCUCCUGUCCCAUAGCAUCAAUGCAAUUUUUGGUCUUCUUCCUCAGGCAGAGAAUUAGGAACUAGGGAUGACGAUGCCUGAGGUUGAUGAUCUCUUUUUCACCAGCUAAAUUCAGUGAUUUUGGGGAUGAUGAUCUUAGCUGUGUGUAAUAGGAAGGAACUUCCUGCCAUCAGAUGGGAUUUUCAGCAGCCCCCCACCCAGUCCCAGUAAAAAAGGAGAUCUGUGUUGAGAUAAUCCCUGAGCUCUGCCCACCAGGCAUCAAGUACAUUUGUAAAAAGAAGAAUUAAACGGGUCUGAGACAGGGGGAAUAGGCAAAUAGACUCUGAAAGGAUCAGGAUGCCUUUGGGUAGGGGGCUUCCAUGGUUAGUGGGUGUGACAUGGAUGAAGAACAAGCAAAAGAGGCGGAGAAGGAGCAACCAGACAUGGAGGAGGCCUGAGAGAGGUGUUGAAUGAAGCCCAGGGGUGAGUAGGAAGAGGUGGAGUAGUUCAGAAGUUUAGGGGUUAACUGGAGAAGGCAGUGGGACCCUGAGGAGGCCAGGACAUAGUAACAAGAGGCAGAAGAAUACUGAAAGGUCGAGGGUUAGUGGGAGGAGGCAGUAGGACACUGAGCAGGCCAGUGCAUAGUGGCAGGAGACAGAGAGAAUGAUGGUGAUAGGCCUAGGAGAAGGAACCCAAGACUCACACAGCAGGCUAAGGUUCCAUUACAGCUGCAGAGUCAUGGGGAGAUGAGGUGGCCAAUCUAGAAGGCUCGAUGGCAAAGUUCUGGGAGUCGUUGUAAGGCUACAAGGAAGGACUGAAGGAUGUAGCAGAAUGGGUCUGUUGAAGGAGAGGUGAAUGGUGGUAUAGUUGUAAUCAGAAUAUACCAGAUAAAGGACCUAGAAUAAGCAUGGACCAGUGGGAGAAGGGAAGUCAAGGCAAAGCAAGGACUGAGUGAUGCUUUGGGGGAGACAAAGAGAAAACAUGAAAUUCAUAAAUUUCAGAAAGAGCAAAAGAAAAGAGGAAACAUCAUUCAUGCUAUUGAAUUCGAAAGAAAGUGGAUGUUCAGCCGAGAGAUGUGAAUAGGAGCAUGGGAACAGACACAGGGCAUUGCAAUGACCCUGGAGUUAUUUAUCCUGCUCCAAGAGGUUGCUGUGUCCCUGAGUGGGGGCAGGGGAUAGAACAGAAAUGGAUAUAGGGCAGAGUUCAGCAGCGGAAAAACUGAUAGGGCCUAGAAAAGAAGACAAGCCUCAGGCCCAGAAAGAGGCUGAGGACAGGGAAAACAAGCUUGGUGCUGACCAGGAUCCCCACUGCCAGAUAUCCCAACUAUGGGGGCAGGCAUCAAAGCAAGCCAACACUGCAGAAUGCCCUUAGCCCAGAGGAAAGCAGCCUGGGCCUCAGGGCUUGGAACGGAUGUCCAGAUCUUAUGGUAGUAGGGACCGACUUCUCUCAGCAGGCCCUGGUUUGGGUGCUCCCACAGGAGUUAUAGAGACCAUCUACUACAGAGGUUAUAGAACAUUUGGCUUAGUCAAGAGAAGUGGGAAGAACAGGAGCUGCCUUUCCUGGCCCCCAGUAAGGGGAAGUUAUACCUGAUAACAGCUGUUACUGGUAUGUGGGUUAGGGAGGGAGUUAUUAGGCUCAGGAGGGAACAGUUGCCCUUCUCAGCAGCUGUCAGACCCCAAAGAUUGCCAAAAGGCUUUGGGGUGACAGCUGGUCCAUCUGAUUUGGAGACAGCAACUCCAGGCUUGGCCUUACCAGACCAAAGGGCCAGCCAUCUGCUUCACUACCUAUAGGCAAAUGCAGCCCCAGGAGCUGAGGUAGAAGGUAGAGAGGAAGGUGGCUAGUCAGACUCUAGUCUCACUAGCUUGCCUUUGGAGCUAAUAGGCAGCCCCAUUUCCUUUUUGUGCCAGCCCUACACCCAACCCUCACAAGGAAGGAACCUCAAGAUGUGUCUACAUUAACUUAACCAGGAAUCUUAUUUCACAACACUGGGAAGGAACCUAAUGUUCCCCACCCCCCCACCACUACCCACCAUUCCACAGUGGUUUCCCAAACAGUUAGGUAAUGAUGGUCAUGACAUGUUUAUAUUACUGAAAAAAAUAAGCCCCUUUGGCUGGCAGGAUGAGCCAUAAGGCUGAAAAUGAGUGAUUCCUUGGUACAGUGUGGCCCCUUAAAUUUUGCCCCAGUUUGAGCCACACACCCCUCUAGUAAAGAGGAGGUAUGAGGUAGUAACUUGAGGACAGGAGGUUCCCCAACCUCUUCCUGUUAAAACUAGGAGCAAAGCAGCUGCUUAGCCUUUCCUGUUGGUGAUUUCCCCAGACUUCUCUCUGGGGCUUGGGGCGAUGUAAGGAAAAUUAUGUUAAAAAACAAAAACAAAAACCCACUGGUGCUUUUUAUUUAUUUUUUAAAAGUGUUUUUUAUAUGUAGCAUUCCCACCUGCCUUCCCUCCCCCACUAUGUUUACACUUUGUUCCCUGGGGAGGGUGGAAGAGAAAGACUAGGCAGCUGUCUAGAAUCUAAGUGGGAAAGCAGGAAGCUUUGAUUUUUAGCUUCCCAGUUGGGGGAAGGCAUCCACCCCAGCCGUGUUUGCUUGGAGCUAGUGGGAGGAGAGAUAACAUUGACCCUAUAUUGCCUUUUCCUUCCAGUAUCAAUUUAAUUGAGUUUCCUUCUGACUCUACUGUCUCUGGAAGCUCCUCAUCUCAAGCUGUCCUGGUCCCACUCCUAUAGAACAGAUAGAGAUUCAUGGCACACUCCCCCUCCCCCUAUGACUCAUCAGUCUAUAUGCCCAUCACCACCUUGUUUAUGAUUUUUCUAACCAUACCAUUCCCUCCCAUGACUCCACUAGGAUAUGAUAAGGAAAACUAUGGGCAUGAAAGAAGGCAUCAACAUCACCCAGUCUGUUUUAACUUUGCCAUCUUUGCUAGCAGUCUCAUGGGGUUACAACGUAGGUAAGAUCAAUCAUAAUAGAGAGUGAAGAAGAUGACAUAAAUCACGAGAGACCCUGUCAAGCUAUACUGAUGGUAUAGCUCUGGGGUUCUCAGGGGCAGAAAGAUUUAUGGCUGAUGGUCUAGAGGGCAUCCUGUAGUUUCAAAUUCUCUCACUCCAGACCCAACUCAGUGACUCUAGGUCACUGGUCCUGGCUGGUGUGUACCCACACUUCGGAACAUCUCUACAUUCACUCCCAUGCUCUUACAGAUGCAGCUGUGGCUGGAUGCACAGGCAGGCAUCUGUGGGCUUUCAUUCUUGCCUUUUCAAUUAGCAGCAUUACCAGAGCCUGAAUGCUCCACACCAUCACUUCAGCCCCCAUACCACAGUGGCUGCCGGCAGUAAUGUGUGCUUGGAGGGGACAGGGGGAGCAGGGAUUGGCCUCCUUCCAUCCCUGACAGUCUGUGAAUACCAUGGUGUGCCAUAGCCUCUGCCAAUGGAAGCCCCUGCCUCUCUGUCGCCAUCUUCUUCAGCCCUACUGAAAAGCCAAGGGCAGAGGCAGAAUGGACUGACCUGUUCCGGAAGUGUCAAGCAUUUGACAGAGAGAAUCUGACCCCCAAAUCCCCUUAACCAGAAACCACUUGACCCCUUCACCUUGCCUCUCUGUGAUGCCAUCUGGUUCUCUAUCUCCAUCUCACCAUUUCCAUUUGUAGGGUAGGCCCUGACAUGGUGCUAGCCCCAUGCCAAUCAGUAUUGGUCCCCUCUAAGUUACUUCCUGGUGCUCUGGAGCCACUUAAGUUUCCCUUAAUCAUGAUGUUUGAAAAGGAUGGGAAGAGGAUUGCCAGCCUGCCUGGCACAAGUGGACAAAAUGAUGGAAUCUCUCUCUCUCUCCCUUGUGUUCUAUAUCCGGCUAUGUACCAUAUGUAGAAUUAGUUCUCUCUGAUCCCCUGUAUUUCCAUCCCUUCAUAUCAGUAUUCAAACCCCUUUCACUUUUAUGCUUUACCUCACUCUUGUCUUCACUUUUACACAAUUAAUAAAGUCUACCCAGCUCCUAUUGUCUGGACUGGGCAGAAACCAGGACCUGACAACCUUGCCACCUUUUCUUUCAGAAUUUUCUGAGUCUCCACCCUUCG